AUGAAUAACCAUUCAUAUAGUAGACGUUGGAAUGGUAUCAAUGAUCCUGUACAUCCGUUAUCACGUACUGGACAUUCAGCAAUAUCUCAUGGACGAUACAUUUAUAUUUUAAAUGGUUAUGGACCAUCAGAUAAAAUGGUUCUUUUCGAUCAAAUCGGUUUAACACGUUAUGAUACAUUAACAAAUUGUGUUGAAUGUCUACCUAUACAUUGGGAUAUUAAAUCAUUACAAAAUCAUAUGUUCAAUGAAUUUAUUCUAUUAACAACUGGUAAUAGUGCUGUACUAUGUCCAGAAUCAUCCAUUACAACCACCGACAAUGAUGAUGACGGAGAAGUAACAGAAAAGCAACAACCAGCUUGUAUUUAUACAUUCGGUGGUUAUUCACUACUUGGUAAUAUACAUGUAAAUGCAUUGUGUCGUUAUGAACUGACACAAACAAACAAUACAACUCAUUGUCAUCAUAGUUGUUGUUGUCAUGCAUCUGUAAUUAGUGGACAUGGUAUAUUAAGUUGUUUAGCUUAUUCAUCACAUGAUAUCUCAAAACAACAAUUAAUGAAUUUUACAAUGUUAAAAUCAUUUCAACGACAAUUACAAUAUUAUCAAUGCAAUGAUAUUCAAUUGAGUAAUAAUAUGAAUCUGUGUACUACCACCACUAGUACUACUACUAGUACUUCCACAAAUUGUAUACCAUCACCACGUGAUAAACUAUGCAUGGAAUAUUGGCAUGGUAAAUUAUAUGCAUUCGGUGGUUAUGGUCCACAAUUUCAUCCAUCCUCAUCAUCAUCAUCAACAAUAUGGCCAAAUGAAUUAUUUCAUUGGCCAUAUUUAUAUGAUCCACAAGAUCAUAAUAAUUGGAUUAUGUUUGAUAAUAAUGGUGGAUGGAAUAAUCAGCUGAUUGUAUAUGAUUUGGUCAAAAAUCAAUGGGAUUUAAUUAGGCGACAAGAUGUCGCGGGGCGAUUUCCAACACCACGUGCAGCGCAUUGUUCAGUGUUAUUACCAAAACAUGAUUGGAUGAUUAUAUUCGGUGGUCGUGGUCCAUAUUAUAAUCCUCCGAAUAGAUUAGAACCACAACAACAACAACACCACCAACACCACCAAUCAUUAUUAUCAGAUUAUCGUAUGGGUCGAUUAAAUGAUAUGCAUUGUUUCAAUUUGAAUUUGAAUGAAUGGACACGAAUCCUGACUCCGUUGGAUAUACCACAGAUUAGAAAUGAUAUUUUGCAACAACAACAACCGCCGCUAUCAACUAUUUGGCCAUGUGGUCGAUCAUGGAUGGAUAUGGUAGUUGUGCAUGAAUCAUCGGCUAUACGAAAUAAUUCCGCAUGUUAUUAUGAACAUGAUGAUGAUAAGCAUGAAGCCGAUUUCAAUUCAUCUAAUCCAAUUGAAUUAUUUCUAGUUGGUGGUUUUUCAAAUAAUGACGAAGCAUUAAAUGAUGCUUAUUGUAUUCAUAUACAUUUAUGUCAAAAGCAUAAACAAUUAGAAGCUGUGAUUGUACGUUCUACUAAACAAGUACACAUUGAAAAUGAUACUUGUUUAACAGAUUUCAAUCAACAACACCACCGACAGGAUUAUUGUUCACUUAUUGAACCAAUGAAAAUAACUACUACUACUACUACUACUACUACUACACCGACUAAUAGUAAACUACCAAUGAUUAUAGAUGGUUAUGUAUGCUUACAACCACCAGUGGAUUAUAAGAAAUAUAUGAAUUUACAAGUGAAUUCAAUUGGUGAAAUUUUGCCGAUCAAUGAACAAUUAUACAUAGAUUGUAUUACAUCAAACUAUUCGAUUGACGAUCCCAGUCAAAUUAUAGAAAUGUUAAUGAAAUCUACUGAUAGUGGUAGCAGUUGCAGUAGUGCUAUGAGUCCUCCUCCUGUUGCUGCUCCUUCGUCUACCGAUACAGAUCAUUUGAAUUUAUUCUUAAAAGAUUUACAGUAUCAUUUAUACAUGUAUCAAACUGCCUCAUUCACAUUACAUAAUCAAUCUAAGAAUAACCUUAAUCCUACAGAGCCAUUAUAUCGUAUUGCUUUAUUGCAUACUAUUUUUAUACAAUAUUUAUUAAAAAAUUAUUGCUUGUAUACUGUGAGUAGAAAAAAUAAAUCAAAAAAUUCAAAAUCCAAUAAUAGUAAUAAUAUUCCCAAGAUUAGUGAACUAUUGGAUUAUAUCAAUAUUCAAUGUGAUAAUUAUCAAUUUGAUUUAGAACCUAUUCAAAAUUCAAUUCUUUCUGUUCUAAUUGGUAUGUAUUUAAAAUUAAUGUUACCUUGGCAAAUUAUUCAAAUGAUUUUACAAGAGCAUAAUAGUUGGUUAACCAUGGAAGAUAGAAUAACAUUGUUACACAAAUUAAUACCAUUAUUAAAUGCAAUGCCGGCGGCGGCGGCGGCAGUGGUAGAUAAACGAAGUACUACUACACAUUCGUCAAAGUCUACAUCAGAUAUGCAUCAAUUAGAUUUAAAUGAUCAAUCCAUUCGUGAUAAAUUGUUGUUAUUGAUUACACCGAGUCAAAUACGUAAUCCAGUGAAUUAUAUCAGAAAUCAUGCUAAUCAUAAUGGUGGUAUUGAUCAUUUAUUUCAAUAUUUACAACAAAUUAUCAUGUCCACAUUGAUAUUGUACUCUAGUCAAUCCCCAUUACAUAAUGAUAUUGCAGAGAAUUCCACUGCUACUCAUGAUAAUAUAGACGGAUUGCUGUCUCCAUUGACAUCUUCACCUCCACUAAUAAUACAACCAUUAUGUGAAUCAAUACAUCGUCAUUGGCAUACUGUCACUAUUGGUUUAAAUGAUUACAUAUAUGUGAUUGGUGGAACAGUGGAUGAAGCAUUAGCUUUACCAUUAGAAUGUUAUCAUUUGUAUAGACCAAUUAGUUUAAUGAAACAAUGUUCUAUGCAAAUAACAAAAAUGAUUUUGUUGAAAUUAUAUACUAUUGCUAAUAAUAGUAGUACUACUACUAGUAGUAGUAUAAGUAGUAGUAGUAGUAGUGAUAGUCGUCGUCGUAUGACCAUGAUUCCAUCAUAUUCAUGUCAUUCCAUUCAAAAUAAAUUCAAAAUUCAAUAUUUAAACAAAUUAGAUAAAUAUUUACAAAGUUGUUUAUUAAAUAAUCAUAUAAAAAGUGAAUUAGAACAAUGGUUAUUGUAAUAUUGUGAAUAAUGAUGGUGUGUGUACAUUGGACAAGGAUUAUUAAUUGGAUGUAUAUAUAUUUAUUCUUUUCUUAAACUUGAGAUGGAUGAAUGAAUGCUAGAAUAAUAAUAAUAAUGUUGUUGUGAUCCUUUUUUUAUUUUUAUUUCUAUUUAUUUUUUUCUUUUGAAAUUAAACUC